AAACGCGCGAUGUUUGCGUGGUCCGCGAGCGAAAUGCACACCGCCUUGCCGCAAGCUUGAUUUAAUAAAAGUUUGACGAGCACUUGUCAUUGCCUUAUCGCAAGAUUGAUGAUCUCAGACCGCUUGCCAGGUAUAAGGAAUGCGCAGAAUCUCGAGAUGUGUAACACGAAGUCGAAGCAGGCGUGGAUGGUCAUUAAUCAUUCUGUUCAAAUCGAUGUCUCUCCACCAAUGUACGUUCGCGAUAUUCCUGUGCCUGUUCACUAGUGAUUUAUGGCCCUUUGGAUUGUCUAUAAACACCACGGCGGCCGGACGAGAGGAUGUGCGUUUCCAGAGUUCGAUGCUUUUACAACAAACUGCGCUCAAGAAGUUGGGAGUACAAAAAAACGAGAUGAAUUCAAUCACGCUUAAGUUUUUCAUGUCUUUGGCAUUUAUGUGCUGUGCCACUGCUGGUAAGUCAUAGAAAACUUGUAUAAUGUUAUAGAAUUACGUACAAACCUCGCAUGUGGUGUCAACCUUUAGACCUUAACUUUCAAUUAUAGUUUCAUGUUUUCCUCUAACGACGGACCCGUUUCAUGUACCUCUGUUGUUAAGACUUAAAAAGACCAACCCAAUUUUGUACAAAACAUAAAUCUGAAUAUUUCAUGUAAUAUUUAACGCUUUUGGCGCUGAUAUUAGUCACACAUGCCAACUUGAGCACGAUCGAUACUUUGACUCGAUCACGCGCCGCCAUCGACGCAAAAUGGGGUAUAACUAUUGUAUAAGACGUGCAGUAUGCUCUUGUAAAUUUUGCGCAAAUUAAUUUGGUUAUGCGUCUAUGAAUUUAACAAGAAGGCUUAAUGUUAGCUUAAGUAGGUGUUAUUCUUCUAUGUUUUAUACAUACUAAUAAUUUAACAUUUCGACGCACGAGAGGAAGACUUUUGAUACUUCGGUCUUCGUCUCCGGGAUCAGUGGCGGAAGGUGUUAACUUGAAAUGGGUAAAAUAGAAAAGCGGACAAUCUAGUUCAAGAGAUUUAGGAAGGAAAACAGCUAUUUGAUUGUAUAAAGCUAUUUUGCGUUAGUUUAUUGAUCCUUAAUGCGUCUAACACCUUAAAUCCUAUCAUCUCACCUUACAACAAACACCGGAUCAUGAAGGGUUAAUGGCGACACAAAGUACAAGCUGAUCACGAAAAAACAAGACACUAUUUACUUCUUUUUAACACGAAUGAUUUUAUUGAAAGCCGUGUUUCAGUAUACACGUUUACUUUUAUAAGAUGAGUAAUUGGCUAAAUUUAUUCAUUUUCAACGAGAUACCAGUUUUUGAAAUAUUUUUUGAUUGACUGCAUAUAUGAAAUAACAUGAGUUAAACAGCUUGUACGUUGGUGACGGAACUACAACGGCGAACUGCCAAAGGAACAGUUGAGAAGUAAGAAUAAGAACUAGUUAGUAGGCCAAAUAUCUGUUUCUGUUCAGUUCAGACGGAGUAUAAAUCACACACCUCUAUAUUGUUAAAAUAGCUCAAACCAAUCUAAUUUGUAUUGUAUCCUAAAGACAAAGAUUAAAAAUGUUUCAAUAUACCACACAUACGGCAUGAAAGGUGUAACUUUUGUUGAUUUAGUUCAUUAGAGUAAGAGGAUUAAGAACUGCACUUGAUAAACCGAUUUCAGGACCUCGCAAUAUUAAAAUUAACAUAAAUCAUAGAGACAACCAAAAUGCCAACUACAGUUAGUUAUAAAAGCUACUGCUCUACUAUGAGAGGAUUAUUUUAAAUCCCCAUUUUAAGGAUUGCACUUCAUAAAACGAUUUCAGAGCCUCUAUACAUUAUGCUAUAAAUCGUAGAGACAAUCAAAAUGCCAACUACAGUAAAAUCGUUUGCAGCGCACAAGAUUAAAAUCAGGCAAAACCAAAGGUCUGUUGUUUGUUAAAUUUCAGAUAUGAAUACCCUCAGAGAAUAGUCAUAGUUUUGAGUUAUGAACUGCUGUACAAGCUGUUCGGUUUAUUAAGCAGGUGGCAAUUUUUUAUGUUGUCCGCAACAUAGUCACUGAAUUCUUCUCCCAAGUGACAGAGCUAAAAAAUAAACCAACGGCUGGUAGAGUGGUAGUCUCAAUAUUAAAUGCGUGCGCUAUGCUAAUUUCCCAGUAUACAAUCUCGUGAUGUCAGAAUGCACACUGAAAACAAUUCACAAAAAAUUGUACAAAGAAAAAGAAAAGCCGGAAAUUGCACGACCAUGUGGCAUGGAUAGGUGUUUUUAAACAUAAUACGAAAUAUUUCAUACAACACACCAUAAUCGCAGGUUAUUUGAAACAGUGCUAAUGCAGAACAUGUAUUUAAGCAACUAUGAUUCAAGCCGCACUGACUCAGUAUAUAUGCAUGGGGAAAAAGGCUUAUGUUAACGUUAAUGGGUCUUUGGCUGUUUUUAUGUGAAAGAACAAACAUCGUUGAUAGCCUAAGGUUAUUUUAACAAAGGACCAAGUGUUUUAUAAAAUCUUUUAAAAAAAAAUAGGAAGAAUCUGUAGGAAGAAUCUUAUAUAAGGCUCAAAUUUUCGGCCAACCAACUUUUGCAACAAGCAUUAAAUAAAGUAGGUUGUAUAAACUAUAAAUUAAAAGUUAGAAUACUUGUAUACUUCGCGUGAAAGUUUCGAUCAACACAGACGCGUUUAGUCUGAAUUAAUCUAACUUCAUGAAGUUCUAAUACGAUUUACUUCACCACAGUGCAUACUGUAUAGAGUAAUUAAAUAUCAAACAACCUGAACUCGAGACUGGAAAUAUAAAGUUCAAAUGUUGUUUGCUUCUCAGUGUUUGAAGAAUAUAUAGUGUUUGAAGAAUACACAGGCUUAGUGCGAUUAAAAUAAAAUAAAAAUUGUGUAUGAUAUGCCCGUAUAUUGGAACACGCACACAAUGCACAUGCAUUUAACACACAAUAUAAAAUUGGACAUGGUUAAUUCAUUGGAAAUUAAUGGAAUUACAUGAUGAAAAGGUUCAAAAUUUUAGCACAUUACCAAGGGGCAAGGGUAAGCUUCUAAGCUAGCUGUUAACUUGGUGAAUGAUUCAAUAUUGUUAUUCACUCAUUCAUUAGUUAUGAGCACAGAGAACACUGAAUAAAACAUCAAUGUUUACCUCCUUUCGCUAAAAAUAAAUAGCCAAAAACGCCACUAAACUUAAGCUUGUAUGCAGGUCACAUCUCGAAAGAAGAUUCCUCAUUUAUUGUAUAUAUGACUAUUCAACUUUAUCAUGACUAAAAAGAAGAGAUUAAAAUAGAUUGGGACUUUUUUAUUUUCCAAUCAGUCUCUUUGUUGUGGUCCUGUAUAUCAUACGUGACGACAAGUAUGUCUAGAGUUUCAGCGAUAGCGGCUCAGACAUGAAAUAAACUCUCCGCUUGUUUCUGCGAUAUCAUGCAAAGUAUUGAUGCAUAUAUAAUCCGUGUUGAAGUGAAAAAUUCUGUCUUCAUUUUAACUUUGUUUUUCGAAGUUGCUGAUUAUUUCCAGAUGUUUAAACAGCAUUUUUACCGUCACUGCACAUCCGGCAAAAUUUAGCCUUUAUUUUAGGCCAAGUUUAUUGCGCGCGUUUUGACUACAAUUUAGACAAAAUCUAACCGUCCUGCAUCUCAUUCAAUAAUAAACACUGAUCAUUAGGCCGCGAAAAACUUAUCUUGCAUGAGUGUUUGAAGUGAAAAUUGUUUGUCAUCCAUAUUUAGAAAAUUAAUAUUUGGCUGGGUUGACCACACCCAUGACCUUAGCAAUUAUUGGCUCAAUGGCUUUGGGACAGUUCCAAAGAAUGUGUUGAUGAAGAAAAUAUAAAAAAAUGUCGACUAUGCAAAUUGUUGAUGACUAAAGUAAAUUUGCUCAUAAAACACUGUGGGUGCAUGCAUUAUUGUACUCAAGUUUGUUUUUUUACAAUGAAGUUACAUUGCAAACAUACACUGACUAACCAACUAACUAUAUACCAAACGAACUAACAUACAAAUAAAUUAUAAUAACUAACUAAAAACAAACAAACAAGCAAACAAACUAAAAAAACCCAACAAACUCACUAUUAAAUUGUAAUAAUGCAACAUCCAUUAUUAUGUUCAGCAUAUAGUGAGAAAUUUCCAGGGGUAAGGGAAAGUGUGUUCCUUUGGAAAUUUUUCCUUUGUUCCCUUGUUCUCCCACGAAGAUUUCACCAUGCUCCCUUCAAAAUAUGCCUUGUUCCCUAGAAACUCCUGGGGCUUCGGUGGCGAAGUGGUUAGCGCACUUGCCUUUCACCUCUAAGGCCGCAGAUUCGAAUCUCAGUGAGAACUUCUCAAUGUGACUCGAACCCAGUCCUCAUGCGAAAAGAGUAAAAGUCAACGCUCUGCCGAAAGUCGUGGGUUUUCUCCGGGUACAACGUGUUUCCUCCCACAGGGAAAGUUGACAGGGUGGGUUAGGCACAUAGGUCUGGACUCUGGAGGCAGAUCAUUAAUGAGGUACGGACUAAUAGCGGCCGCUCAAGCGCCAUUUGUAAGCUCAAAGUCUACCUCGGUCUUCUUCACGUCAGUCCGGUUCUAUCUAUCUAUUCAUAAUGUAACCAGUCACUGAAAAGCCCUAUAGGGAGUGUACUGUGAAAUAUCGGUAUCGAAAUAUCGGGGACUCUCUAUAGUAUGCAUACAUAUACCGGUAUAACCUCAGAUUAAUCCUUUGUGAUGAUGAUUUUACCAAUUUACAAAUUAAUCCGAUGCAAUUCAUUACUUGGUAUAGAUGUACCAUGUAAUUCAUCAGUGGGUAUAGAGAGUGGUGAUCUACCAAAUCAUGCAUUCCUUGCAUCAUCUUACAAAUCUGGUCAUUUUGCCUAUCAUGGUCGACUGAACAACAGAAUAAGAAAAAUUAACGAAACGAAAAGAAUAUGGGGAGCCUGGUGUGCGGAUGAUGCAGAUAAAAAUCAAUAUAUACAGGUAUAUAGAGAAAAAAGUAGUUGGUGCUAUAAAAUAAACAAAAUAUAAAAUAUGUUUGGGUGCUGUAAGAGGUAGUAUGCCUAAAUGGGUUUCAGAAAAUAAUAAAAAAUUAAUGUGCCGAGCAUCGCAAAGAUCAGAGCAGAAUACAAUGUUGCAAAGAAUUUCGAUGUUUCCAUAAAUGUUUCCCCAUCCUCAAGAACAUUGUUCCAGACACAUAUUUGCUUCCCACAAGAUGCAAAUGCAUCUCAGUUAAGUUUCCCAACAAUUUCAAAAAAAAUGUACGUAAUCAUACUUGUUAUGGAAACAGUGUCUGAAAAACAAUGUUUUCGCAACAGUGGCAGUAUUUACUAGUUUUCCCAAGACUUAGUCGUUCACAUAUAAUUCCAGCCAGAAUCAAACAAUUAAUAAAAUUAGUAUAAAAUCAAAUGCUGGUGGAGGGCGUCUGCAUGCCACAAAUCACAAUUGAAGAUAAACCAUUUUGAACGAAACUCGUCUACUGGACUAAUCUUUAAUUUGCCUGUAUUUUUGAAAUAUUUUGUGUCUUAUACAUGCAUGUAUUAUUCAUUCUUCUUCUGUACAGGUUGACUUACAAACAGUUCGAAAUGUAUCAGGAUUAGCAACCCAAGGUUAUGUGUACGGAUCUGUUACAUCAUACCAAAUUAUGUACAGUGUCAACGGAAAACAAUGGUUUCAAUAUAAAGAUAACAGCACUAUGAAGUCCAAGGUCUGUACACACUUAAGUUGUUAAUAUUUAUGCAUAUCAAAGAUAUGUUGAGAUUUGAGUCGUGUUUCUACGUUCCUGUUUCUUUCUAAAUGUACUUGAUUUACUGAGCAAUUAUGACUAAUUAUUGCCUAUUGGUGAUUUUAAUUAAUAUGUAUAAAACUGACAUAUGCACUGUAGAAGAAUAAUAUGGCACAUUAGAAGUUUAGGUAGUUGUCUUCGAACGAAAGCCCUUUCCUAGACCUAGUCCUAGCCUUUACAGAAAUGCUAUUUUCAAUAGUAGUGCAAAUUGAGGCCCGCCAGGAUUAGUUCACCAUUAAUUAACAUGCCAUUAAUCAUUUGAAAGUUUUUCAAAAAGUGAAUUAAAUUAAGUAUUAAAAAAUAAGAUUUAGAAUCUCUUAAAAACACUGUUAAUCUGUUAUUAACCAAACCGCUUUGUGUGCAGGUUCGUGAUUUUUCCAAAAUGAAAUGUACAUCAAUUAGAAAAAUAGUACAAAGAAUCAUUAUUGAUUUAUAAACAGACUCUUGGCUUGGACCCAUGUUAUAAACACAGACCCUUCGAACCCUUGAUAAAUUUGUAAUAAUUAUAUAUCAUUUUAUAGAUCUUUCUGGGCAAUGUAAAUACGAGCAAAAAGGACAACAUUGUUCGUCAUAAAUUAAGCCAACUGCUUGAAGCAAGAUACAUUCGUUUCAACCCAUUAACCUGGACUGAGCAAGGAGUAAUUUGUAUGAGAGUUGAUGUCUACGCUUGUGAACUGCCAAAGGUGGAACUUCCAACAACACUACCUACUAUUCAAGGUGUGUAUGAAUACUAGAAUUAUUGUAUAAUUUUAGUUUUUCAUAUUUUUAGUUUGUAGAAUAGUAUUUGAGGGCUACUAGGUUUGUUUUGACUACAUUACAGUCGUGCCAAUGGAAGUAUUCCUAAAAUAUUCUAUCAAUUCACUUCCUCACAAGAACCAGUAUUUGACGCAAUUUUCUGUAUUUAGUCAACUUUGGUCACUUCUUGCCUCUUUAUGAUUGGUCAGUUGCACCACAACCAAAGGUGAUUGGUGCAUCCAUACAGGAAGUUAUCAAUUAUCCGAAGAGCUUAUCAAAUGAAUUGGUUCUUGUGAGCAAAUGAAUUGGUAGAAUAUUUUAGAAAUACUUCCAUUGCCACGACUGUAAAUAAAGUUGUUCAUUCAUUCAUUCACUCAUUCAAUAACAACGCAAAAAUGUAACAUAAGCGAUGGGAGAUUGGUGGGCUAUAGUGAGGGAGCUAAGACACCCCUCCCCACCAAGAGAGAAAAUAUUAAAGUGGGAGAUAGUGUCAAGAUUCUUUGCUGCCUGAAAUGCGAAAGGAUGCAGAAAAGGCCUUUUCAGACAUUCUAUUUUUCAUCAUUCUCUGCACCCCCUAGAGUUUCUCAAGCAUGCAUUCAAGCCCCCUUGCACUGCCUAUGAAAUAUAAUAAAUUACGGUGUAUUUGAUUCGGUUCCGUAAUUUCGGAAAUAUUACUUGAAAUGAAAUAAUCAAUUUGCUGCCAAUAAAAGGAAUGCUUUUGCCGGAUUUUGAUGAAUGAGUCAGAAAUAAGCAAAAUAACGAAAAACCCAACUGUAUCAGAAUAUGUCUAUUUCAUCAAUUUGUUUGCCUUGAGUAAAAAAGUCGAUAAAACUUUCAGAAAUUUGGGCACAUCCCUAGCGUGUAUAUAAUCAAUACUAACAUUAAAUUGUUGAUACCCUGUAUAGCGAGUUCAAGAAUAACUCAGGAUGUCGUUGAAACCAAACCUACUGAAUCUAAAUAUGUUGAUAAAAAGACAACAAAAACGGCAACUGAAGAAAGUGGAGGUAAUUUUAAUACCGUUGUAAAUUCAUUAAUACGUCACAUGUUCAAAACAAAUGUCUGCUAGACGCAAUCUCGUUCCCAGGCUCUCUGAACGAGGUUGUGCCAUACGUCGCCUCACAAGCCCACGUUACCGCAAUGAAUUACUUUGUUCCCUUUCUGUUAAUUUCAUUAAACAAUAACUUAUCUUUUACCUCUUGUCUUUGUUUGCAGAAAAAUCGAUUACUAAAUUGGUACCAGUUGAUGAUGAUAGAAAUUCUGGUAGCAUGGCGUACUGUUCUUUCUCCGUUCUGCUCACUUGUGCACUACUUGUUGUACUCAACAAAAUCAUCAAUUAGAAAAACUUCCAAAUACAAUUUGAACUUUUUUCUGAUAGUCAACGAAUGCGAUAAUUGAUUAGUGUUGUAAAUAAAGCAACCACCACGCAGGCCGUUCCGUAUCAGAUUCGUUGUCAAGAGGAAAAGUCCAAAAGAUAAAAAACAGUUGACACAUUGCCACCCAGCGGCAAAUACUAGAUAGUGUUGCGGUUUAUUUUAAUUCUUGAAAUUUCUAUUGAACACUGACAUUGUAAAUAUUAUGUUCAAUGAGUAUUGUUAUAAAAUAUAGUAGUAAAUUUAUAAUAGUAAUAUAUAUGGUCUUUGUGUUGUUUUACUGCUACAUAUAAGGCAGGAUUAGGAAACAAAUACAGAAUUCGUUUAAGUCAACUCAAGAUACGAUGGUCUGGAAGCCCGGCAAACUUCAAAGCUACAAAAUAGGCCUUUCUUUGAUGUUGAACUGUACCUCACAUCGUGCACAAAUCCUUUGUCUCAACUGCAUUAAAUAUUACUCAUCGUGGUUGCACCGUACGUUUCAACUCAGCUAUCCCUAUUUAUUGGUCGAUUACUUCAUCAUACGAAAAUACAAUGAGCUCAAUUACCGUGAUCGUGCACAAAUUAACAUAAACUCAGACAAAAAUAUAACCAAUGACUUCUGAUUCGUUUCCAGACCAUCAUAUCCUGACAGACUAUCAAUGGGAAUUUUUCAAAAUCCUUACUAUAUGGAAAUAGUAUGGAUCUUAGUUGAAAAUAGUAUGGAAAUCCAAUUUUCAUACUAAUUGGCGUAAUUUCAAUAGAUAUAGUAUGGAUCAUACAGUUUAGUGAUGCAAUCGCAAAUUCCAUAGUAACAAUUUCACUAUUUUUUUCAGUGUAUGUUUAAAAGUACCAAUAUAUCAAACGUGUGAUGUUAUGUACAACAUUGUAUUUUUAUAAUGUAUACCAGUUCAUUGAAAUACUUCAUGUACCGGUACCUCUGAUAUUCCAAGUAGUGUACGUUUAGUGCUUUUAAGGUAAUUUAUAUUAGAAAAAAAUAUUUUGUGGCUUGGGAACACUCGAUGGUAAUCUUAAUACGUACGAUUUCAUAUUGAGUGUAAAUUUUAUACAUAUAUUAGACCCAGCCUAAUAUAAUGUAUAAAAUUUACAAUCGAAAUUUCCAUCUACAAAACACUUGACAAUUAGUUCUAUCGAGUGAGGCACAAAAUCCUGAUUUAUACACGAGGCAGUUAUUGCAAAUUUGCAAAUGAUGAGUGGGUCGGAUCUGUUAGUCGUUUCUGAAGCGACACCGAAGGCUGGAACCAACUUUGAGGUUGGUUAAAAAUUGGUUCACAUUUGUAAAAUCCAGAAGUUCUAUUUUGCUUUAUACAUUGAUUAUUGAUUCACGUCAGGGAGUGUCUUUUGAAGGCGGAGAACACUAGAUACUGUCAAUUUUGAAAUUAAUUAAAAGCGUGGUGACGAUUGAUAUGUAGCCAGUAUGGCGUUUAAGUGCUAGAUAAAGUACGAGCGGCAUAUCUGAACUGCCCUAAAUGUCUGCCACAUUUAUUUUAUCUUAUUUGUUAAAUGAAGCAUGCCUUCAGACCUAAUUACAGUACAUGGUAUUUUCUUACAAUUUAAAAAUAAUUUUGUUUAAUAGUAUUCUAACAUAUGUAUUAUUCUCAAUUGAUGCUUUUGUGGUAGUUUUUUGUCAGAUAUUUAACAAUUAUUGGAUGAGGUUUUUGUGAUAUGCGGAAUUAUCAAGGUCCAGGUAACGCUUACCGAGACCUUGAUAAUUUUGCAUAUCGCAAAUACCGAAUUCAAUAAUUGUUUUAUUAUACAUUUGUUUGUGUUAAAUAGAUACCGCUUGCUAAUCAUCGCAGGCUCAUUUGCAGACAACUCAGUUAUCUGCUAACAGAUAACUGAAUUUUCUGUAGGUUGCGUGACUGCGCGAUUUAACUGUAAGCUCUUAGCCAAUCAAAUUGCUUUUACCAACUACAAUGUAUAAUAAUACCAAUUAAUAGCUGCAAUAAUUACAAUUACCACUAAUACGAUGGAAUUAGCAUAACAAUAUACUGUAAUAAUCAUGGACCGGGUAAAGUUGUAGAUGCACUAAAUUCACCUUUUAGACUUUUAAACAAAAUUACCUCGCAAUUGCAAAUUUGGCACAUUUUGAUAACAGUAAGUAUUGCUUUUCCCAAGAUUUUGGGCAUCUCGUUCGAGAUCAAUGAUUUUCUUAUUUUUUGGAUAGGAUUCCUAUAAUCGGCAUUCGCUGUAUUAUCCUAUUGAUAUUUUGCUAUGCAACCUUUUUCAUUGAAUAGACAUUAGGAACUGGGUAAACAAUGGGAAUAGUGAAAAGUUGGGGUUGGAAGGAUAAACUUGAAAAAAGGUCACUCAGUUUUUUUGCCAAUUAAUUAACUUAUCAGACAAUAUCCAAGAGGAAGAGUAUAUAUAUCAUGCAAGGUACUCCCCCUUUUCAAAACGCACGCAAACAUACUGUACCAAAGUAUACUAAACUUAAAUGCUAGAAUAACAGUUAUUGAAUGAAACCAAUACUACAAUUUAGUAUUUACCAAGUUUAAGAAUGUAAGGAACAUUGAACAUAAUAACAAUUAAGCAAUAGGCAUAUGUUUACUUCAGAAAUUGAGCUCUAUGACACAAAUUCUAUGUAAUGAAAGUACAUAUCAUUAUCUACAUCAAAACUAGUAAUAAACAAGUGUAGUAUGUUCUUGACAAAAAGAUCUAAACAUAUGUGACAAUACGCUCAGGUGCAUAUCAAUACAUAAUAUAUCAAAUAUUAUAUAAUACCUUAUUGAAUUCUGAUUGUUUAAUUGCUGACAUGAUAUUGAAUAGAAAAUUCCAUUUCCCAAGAGUGCAAUGGAAUUGCACUCUCUGCAAGUGCAAUGGAAUAAAACGUAUAGUACAAUUGCACUCUUUGUGUUUUCGAUAAAUAGCAUCCCUCAAAAUGCUUCUCAUACAAAUCUAUUAGUCUAUUUUGGUAUUAUAUAAAACAAAUAAUGAAUGUUUUUUCGUGCAAUGGUAAGAAUAUUUUCAUUCGGUGAAAGAUGGAAUGUUCCAUUCAACUCGGCUGUUGCCUCGUUGAAUGGAACAUUCCAUGUUUCACCUCAUUAAAAUAUUCUUACCAUUGCACUCAUAUAAACAUUCAUUAUUUGUAUAUCAUACAAUUUUGAAUUUCUAGGGUCUCUAGUGUUCACAGCAUGUCAAGAAAAAUAAUAACCAAGAAAAAGGGUUUUACCAUUAUUUCAGACAUAUAGUCCCCUUGCACCUUUCAGCCAGGAUUUUUCCAACUUUUCACAAAAACAGUUCUGGUUAUCACUAAUUGGGAGGGGGGAGCAGUCAGCAGUGUCCCCCUUGGCUCAAAUAAACAUGUAAAGUUUUCGUGUUAAAACACUCAGGAAGCGACCACACUUCUAAGGUCACAAAAUAGACAUUGUGGGAAUUACCUUCCUGAAUGUUUUGACACAUUACACGACACAUUUUUAUAGGCGAGAGGAAACAUCCACAGUUUUGGUAAAAAGAAAGAUGAUAAAGUCCUUCAUGCAUUUUCAAUAAUUGACAGUGACCUUAUAUCAGUGAGCAUGUCUUGUACAUCAAGAUGAGCACCUUCUUCAUCACCAACAUUAUCACUAUCAAGUUUCUCGACCAGAUCACCAUAUGCUUGGCAGCACUUACUGUAGUAAUCAACUUGAGACCUUUGCAAUGCUUCAAAACAUGGUUCGAAGUAUGUGACCCUACCUUCCCACAACUGAGGUAACCCUUCCAACAUCAAAGCAUUUUGAGCCUCAUAAUCAUUCCUGGCUGUCUCAAGUUCCUUCUCAUAUUGUUCAAGUUUAUUCAAAUUUUGUGGAGUCUUUUCCUUAUCUUUAUAUUUCUCUACUUUUCCCCUUAAUCUCGUAUAUUCUUGUAAACACUGUUCGCGUUUCUUUACACCACUGUUAACGCUUGGAAGUAUGCCAUAAAAUUUUUUCAUAGGUUCAAUGGUUGUUUUCACUACGUUUGCUGCCAAUUCAACACGAUGUGAUUCAAGACUUUUUAAAGUUUUCACUAAUUCUUCGGCAUGAUUUAGUCCAUUUAUUUCAUCAUUAUAAGGCAUAGUAGAAAUAUCUUGAGCCAAUUUUGACUCCAUUUUCGAAAGUUCUUCAAAAGCCUCAUUGCAACGCUUCAUGCCCUUGUAAAGUUUUUUCGUGUUCGUCUCGAGUUCGCUGCAUUUCGCAAUUUCUCUCUCAAACUCUCUGUCGCCACUUGAUUUUGGUGCAAGCUUCUUUUUGUUAAAGAAACUCCAACUCAUUUUGCAUCCUUACAUGGGUUCAAAUGUGUUAAAUCUAUUCAACAAUUGACACAAAAAUCAUUUAAAAACUAUCAAUCAGCCACCAAACCUUGAAAACGACAGCCAUUUUGUAUUUUGUGCAAAUUACCUGCACAGC